UUAACCUUUUAAAUAUACUGUAUACUCACAUUUCUGGAUGAGGCGAUUGCAUUGUCAGUAUUAUUUGCUUUAAUAUGCACAAAGCUCGGCACAUGCCAGUCAAUCAACCACUCGAGAAAUAGCCAAGAUUGCUGAUGCUUCCGUUUGAGGUUUGAUUUGAUGGCAUGGAUGUUUAAAGUCAUGAUUGUUUAUUAUUAAAUGUCAGGCAUCUGAUUUGUUAUCACACAAAGAAUAGAGAGAAAUGAAUGUUUUGGGUCACACAAAACACUGCAUUCGUGAUGAAUAAGAAACAAGAGGACGAAAAUAUACCCGAGUAUAUGAAGAUAAAUAUAAAUCUCACGUUUAGGAACAGUUAAUUAGAUGUCCAGUCAGUUCGUGGUUUACUACAGUACGUUACCAUAAACAGAGACCAUAUGCCACGCGCUCUCCAGUCUGAUAAAGCGCCAUAUGGCCCAGGCGUCGCGUUUAGUCCUGUCACAAUCCGAUUAACCUGUUGAAUAAACCAGUCGCUUUUCUGUCUUAGUACUUGAGUUAUUUCCUUUUUCAACUCCUUUGACAGGCUUUAUCGGUAGACAGACACAGUGACUGUUAUUUAACUAGACAACUGAGGUAAACGUUGGUUUUAUAUUCGCACAUUCGUUUAGUGACAACUUGUGCCACGCUCCCUAUAUUGUUUACCACACGCUACUUUGAGUAUUCUGUCUGAAAUCGCAUGUAAGUAUGACUUCAAAACAACAUUAGCACUAUUUAAUGGACUGUGAACAAUGUUGUACUUUGAUAGUGAGUAGUUGCUUGCUAAAGAUUUCAAUAUUUAAUAGAGAAUACUUCUCUGCAAUUAUAUUACCAACUUUACCCUAAUAUACAAGCACAGGUCAUGGAUACGGGCUCGUGCUAUGGCUAGAGGACCCGGGUGAGGAUGGAGCAGAAGUGCAGUGCCAUGGAGGAUGUCCAGUCCAGACCCCAUUCAGCCCACUCCAUUUACUCGCAGAGGACUGAGGAUGCCGCCUCUGCGUUGGGGAAUCAUGCUGAACACCACCUCACUGUCAGUCAGACAGUCCUGGUGGUUCCGAAGCGUCCAGAGAGUCCCAAUCCCAGUAUGACAGAAGAGACCAUCUAUGUACCUCGACCGGUGUCAGCGGUUGAUGCUUGCACCAACACAGACCCUCCGUAUGAAUGUUGCCCAUGGCUGCGCAGACUAUGCCCGUGUCCACCCCGAGGACUGCUGGCUGCCAUUAUCACCAAAGUGACCAUGGCCGCAGUGCUCUUUGGAGUGGUCUGGUCCAUCACAGAGAAGGAAUGUCUACCAGGCGGGAACCUUUUCGGAAUUGUGACCUUGUUUAUUUGUUCAGUGGCUGGAGGAAAACUGUUUGGACGCAUGCGUUUACCAAGACUGCCACCUGUACCUCCUCUGCUCGGCAUGCUGCUGGCAGGCUUUAUCCUCAGAAACAUCCCUGUGGUUACAGAUGCGGUGUACAUUGAUGUUAGAUGGUCCUCUUCUCUGAGGAACAUCGCUCUGGGUGUCAUUCUGGUAAAGGCUGGCUUGGAAUUAGACAGCAAGGCUCUGAAGAAGCUGAAAGCUGUGUGUUUGCGUUUGUCCAUGUUCCCUCUCAUUUUUGAGGCAGCCACUAUGGCGGUGGUCUCCUAUUUAAUACUGGGUCUUCCAUGGAUCUGGGGCUUUAUUUUAGGGUUUGUUCUUGGGGCCGUUACUCCAGCUGUUGUGGUCCCAUCCAUGCUGCUUCUACAUAGGCAAGGAUACGGUUUAGAGCAGGGCAUACCUACGCUUCUCAUGGCAGCAUGCAGCGUUGAUGACAUCAUUGCCAUUACCUGCUUCACCACCUGCUUGGGGAUUGCUUUCGCCACAGGCUCCGUAUGGUUAAACGUGCUGCGGGGUCCGCUGGAGGUGUUGGGUGGUGCAGUUGCUGGUGUGGCUUUAGGGUACUUCCUACAUUACUUCCCCAGCAGAGACCAGCGAAACCUCGUGUUGAAACGCUCCUUCCUGGUGUUGGGGUUGUCGGUGUUUGCUCUGUUUGGCAGUAAUGUGGCUGGGAUUCCUGGAGCAGGGGGUCUCUGUACACUGGUGCUGGCGUUUGUGGCCGGAAUAGGCUGGGGAAGAGCUAAGGCUUCAGUGGAAGCAGUAGUGGAGAGGUUUUGGCUUGUGUUUCAGCCUCUUCUCUUUGGACUCAUCGGUGCUGAGAUUGUUAUUAGUUCAUUGGAGGUCACGACUGUGUUUCUAGGUAUAGCAGCUUUGUUCAUCGGCCUCACCGUACGCCUGCUUGUCACUUUCAUUGUGGUCCUGCGAGCCGGAUUUAACCUGAAAGAGAAAGUCUUUGUCGCUCUCGCCUGGAUGCCUAAAGCCACAGUACAGGCGGCUAUAGGCUCUACUGCUUUAGACAUGGCACGUUCCAAGCAGGACCUGGAGCUUCAGAAGUACGGCAUGGACGUCCUGACUGUGGCUGUGCUGUCAAUCAUCAUCACUGCUCCUAUUGGAGCUCUGCUCAUCAGCCUGCUCGGCCCUCGACUACUGCAGAGACCAAAGAACCCUGAGUGGGCUGUCAGUCAGGGUGCGUUAUCUGCCUCAGGGACACCGGUGACGUAUGAAAGCGCCCUCUGAUAUUCCGCAAAAGAAAUCCAAACAUCCAAGACUGCUGACCAUCCUUUAUUUGUCUUCAGAGAGGAUUGUUAACCUCAGAAUUACGGCGAUCUUCUGAAGUCAGACUGCUAACCAUGACGGACAUUACAGGUGAAGAAACUCCUGCUGUUUUCCAGUGAAGGAUAAAAAACACUCAAAUCAGUAUUGCUUUUGUUGGAGACAAGUUAUUUUAAAGAAUCGAACACUACAGGGAUCAUUUUAGCACUGUGUUCAAGUACAAAAGCUGUUUUUUAUGUGUGUGUUUUUUAAAGUUUGUGUUAAUAGUAUUUAUAUCAUUAUAUAUGAUAGAAAACAGUCUGAAGUGACUGUAUAUCAGUAUUACAAACAGGUCAUGUAGUGGUCAGACUAUGUUCAGAAUAAAUACUAGCUUACUUUCACUGUGCUGUGCAUGAUGUAUGCAGCCUUUAAAGGCUAUGUCAGUCAGAAGUUGCUGCAGAAUUUUAUAUAAGUAUUAUGAUGAUGUGUUUUCAAAUCAAAAGGAAUAUUGAGUAGGGGUGGGGUUUUAUUUUUAAGCUCCUCUUAUCUUUCACUUUCAGCAAACAAACGGCUGGAGGGGUAUGGCUAAGCAUGCUUGUGUCAAACUGACAUCAUCUUAAAAGAACGCACAUUUCCAUUAGAAGCAAAUGGUUCAAUUUUGAUUAAAGAUUACCAAAAUGAA